AGAGCAGUCACGUCUCAGCAACAGCUAGCGAUACUCUAAUCAUAGCUAACGUAGCGGAAUGCUAGGGUGUGGUACAUCCUGUCAUCGUCUUAAUGCUCGCCUAGCAUCUCGAGAGGUAUUACGCUAUAACGAUUGAUUCGCUAAUGUUCUAUUGAUCUUGCAAUUUCUUCAUUGUGUUUUUUGCACCUGACUAUUCACCUUUGACGAUCAGAUUCUUGGAUAUAAAGGUUCUUAAGCUACAAGGUAACGCCUGUUAGGAUUUGCUUGGGGAUUGAAAGAUGAACUAGCCAAAAAUGAAGAGCAAGACAAAAGAGGUUUCAUAUCAACAACUACCCGCCGCGCCCGACUCCAAGAGACCAUGCAACACUCGUCUUAUACAAAGUUUCUCAAAAUGUACGCCCCUGAAAGUCAUCGCGGUUGUCGUUCUGACGGCUUUAUCAACCUGCCUCAUCAUAUACAGUUGUCUUGACAAGAGGCUGAUCGAGCGAUUGUGCUGUACCCAUAACCCUGUCGUACAGACCGCCGAUGAGCCGGAGACGAUGACCAGCAAGUAUGGCAACAUACCUGAUUCCGAUGACUUCAGGCCCCGUCACAGGUACAGAGACAAUGACAACAUUCGAUACAAACAUACCAAACGUCGUCUACCUCAAUGUAUUAUUAUUGGAGUCCGCAAAGGAGGCACACGAGCGCUUUUAAACUUUGUGAACUUGCACCCCGCGAUUCAAAUCGCCAAUAAAGAAACACACUUCUUUGACGACGAUGACAAUUAUAGCAUGGGUUACGAAUGGUAUCGGAGAAAAAUGCCGUAUUCUUUCCCACAACAAAUCACGAUAGAAAAAACGCCCGCGUACUUUGUUGAAGAGAGCGUCCCAGAGCGCGUACAUAAAAUGAACAGUAGUAUCAAAUUGAUAUUGAUCAUGCGUGAUCCAACUGAACGUGCUAUUUCAGACUAUACCCAGAUUCAUAUGACAAAACUCUCGAAGGGGAAGCAGCAUGAGUCAUUUGAGGAACUGGCGAUUAACGAGGACACAGGAGAGGUGCGGACAACCUACAGAGCCAUCCGACGCUCAAUUUACCACAGACAUUUAGAGCGGUGGUUACAAUACUUUCCCCUGAGUCAAUUCUUGAUCCUGAGCUCAGAGGCACUGGUCAGAGACCCGGUCAGUCAGUUAAAAAUCGUCGAAAACUUUCUCGGGAUCGAGCACAAAAUAACGCCCGCAAAUUUCUAUUAUAAUCGGACGAAGGGUUAUUUCUGCUUACGGAAUGAAACACAUGAAAAAUGUUUAGCCGAAUCGAAGGGAAGACCGCAUCCAAAUGUCUCGCCGGAAGUUGUAAAGAAACUGCAAGACUAUUUUCGACCUCAUAAUUAUAAAUUUUAUCGGAUGGUGGACAAGGACUUUGGGUGGCCUUAGCUCUGCGGAUCUCAAUAUAAGUUCAUCAGCUUUAUGUAAAUGAACCUUCCUUCCUCCCUAAAGUUGCAUUUAGUUGCGGCAGCUACAGCUAAGGUACCAAUUUACCAUUCAAUUGAUGGGGAUACUCCAUCAAAUCUGAGGCUUCAUUUGCACAAAACCUGAUCAACAUUGGUGGUACCCAUUCAAUGCCAAGCGAACAAAGCAGUCAUAUGAAAGGUAGUUUUCUGUGUAGUUGUCCGUUCUGUGCUUUAUCAGGGUUGUUGUCAAAUCCAAUGUUAAGUUUGUAAGAGAAGGUCAACCCCUUAGGAAACAACCUUUAUCACAUAUAGACUUGCUUGUGUGCAGGAAGCAUUUGUUACUUUGUGAUGGCCUCUUUCCAUGUACAUAUCAAAAAUCCAUAUUGUCUUUUGCUCAACAGUUCCAAGAUUAUUCACGACUCCUUGAUAGGGUCUUCAUGACAGAUAUACGCCUCUUCAAGCAAGUCUUUCAUUCCAGCUCCGAUUAUAACAUCAGCCAGCUAUCAGUGUAGGACUCUUAGAGCUUUCUAUGUAGCUCUUGGUACGUGACACAGCUACACAAGUCUGUCCUUGGUUACAUGUAGAUACGGUGUUUAUGAACUCUAGUACCCUUCCUCCAUGACAUUGCGACACAGUUCUGUCCUUGACGUUGUUGCUUUUCUCUUGAGUUAGUCGAUGUUCAGUAGAGCUGUAAAGUCAAUGGUUCUAUCUUGGCAGUUACUGUGAACUCGAUUAGGAGCCGUCCUAACUCCUGGGUGCCAGCACAACUUUUUAAUACAAAGUAUUGUCACAGAAGUUGUACUUUCUGGUCAAUUUAAAAGAAUUUUUGCAAGUAAGGGCCCCGCUCUUCAUUUUGCCAUCCCCUUGUGUCCAUGCCUGCUUUUACUCUUAAGCAGGAUGAUAAUUCAUGGAAGUUAUUUAAACAAGUACAGCGCUUUUUCUGUGUAGACUAAAUAAUUUCUCUCCGAAACGCACAUCUUCUGAACGAUGCCAUUGGAGGGGCGGCUGUUCACUUUCUCAGGCCUUUCCACUGUGUCCGUUAAGAGCCUGCUAAUUGCUUCUUGGCUUCUCACUAAGAUGCCGCAGCAUUAAGCUUACUCAUUUGUUUAUAUUUGUUACAUUCUUUCCCUUUGCUGAUGGCUAGCUGAUGCUUAGACCAGGUGGGGUGGCCAUUGUUUUAAAUAGCUGCCCUCCUGGAGGCUGUAACUACAUCUGGUGCUGACAUCUAUGUUUUGUAAAUAGAACUGAAAUGGGUGGCUGGCUUGGAGUGGCCUCAAGUUCUUCCACUCUUCUUGAACCAAGAUGCAGUACAAUCCCCUGUACAUAAUCUACUACAAUCUUGGUUCUGGUUGAGAUGGAAAAACUUGGUAUAUAUUUGGCGUAGGUUUACGCCAGUUUAUUUUGAUAUUGACUGAACAAAGGAUGUCUAUAAGUUAUGAAUCCUUUAUUGAUUUAUAAUUUCUAUGUUUGAGAGAAUCAUAUCAUACACACUAUCAGUGCUACAUCCCAACCAUGGUGUUAUAUAAUAUAUGAUCAGGAAUAUCAUUAGAAAAUGCCAAGCCGGCACAUAUGUUAUUGCAGAGUUUGUGUCCUGAGGGUGCUGAAGAUAUACGUCCGAAAAUAUCCACGAAAAAGUUUGUAGAACAUCGGUGAAAAUUUUCUGAUGUAUUCCAGAACUGCCCUCCGCAUAAACUCUGUCAAGUUCAUAAGAGUGGCUGGACAUUAUCGCUUUAGUCACCCGACAGACACAAACAUCGAGGUCGAUUUCAUUGGCCGUGUGUGCUGAGGAGUUCAGAUUAGAUACCAGGGUGAUAUUUAAAAGCUGGUCAUAAAGCAUUCUGCACACGAGCGAUUUCUGCUGCUGCAACCUGCGACGGAUAUCAUUGCUGUGAAAACAUGAUGAUUGUGAUUGGAAUGCGGUUACCUAAUUGGCUGAACCAUAAUCAGUCGUCAUGUUGCCAUGGCUAUGUAGCAGGUUGCAGAGACAAAAAUCUGUCAUUUGCGGAGUGCAUUUAAAUUCAUGAUGUAUUGGGAGUUACCGUCCAAAUCACAAUUGUCAUCCCUAAAUUCAUAGUUGACGCGCUACCCAGCGUGUAGGUCGGCAACUUGGUGCACAACUCGUUGCAUGUCUCUGACGCAAAGCAGGAUGGAUGGCUAUUGUGAUCUGGACUGUACGAUUUGUAGUCAUUUGAUUUAUGGCAAUAUCAGCCAGGUUGUGUAAUUGCUGAUAUUUCAUUAACUCUUUCUAAUCAAAAGAAAAUAUCAUUUUCCAAUUGUAAACAAUCAGUUGAUUCAUUUCAGGUUGUAAAUCUUUACUUGAUAUCGAUACAUGUAUAUCAUAUUCGAUGGCAGUGCCAUCUGUGUUAAGUUAACAGAACUAAAAAUGUCAAAUCGUGGGGACAACGAUUGUGACAUUAUUUUUCAUUAUUUGUUCUUACACUUUCACAGUUCCUUUGUCAACAAAUUUUUUUAGUCACUUUUUUAGUCAAAAUUGUAUUUUUCUUUCACUCAGGUUAACUUCUUGAUCUAGUCUUUGUUAGUUUUAUUCCUACGCUGACUAAUGUGUGACUUGCUCUGGCAAAUGUAGGCACUCGCAUAUGGUGAAAAGGGAGAAGAGAAAAGAGGAAAAGUGAAGAAGAAAUUUUUUUUUAUUUUCAGAAACUUUCUUUUCCCCGGGAAAAUGCCACAUAUCAGUCAUUUCUGAAGCGAAUGUCAGGUGUCAUAAAUGCAGUGACUGACUGACUUGGACCCCAAGUGCCUACUUUUGUCAGAGCGGAUCACAUGUCAGUGCUCAACUUUGAUCAAAUUGAGUAGAGUUUCAUUUGAUAGUGAGCUGUGCAUCAACAAAUCAAGUUUUAUUUGCGUGAACACAAUCCAGGAGAUGUAUGUAAUUGUCUCAUAAACUGUAGGAUCGAAUGAUGUGAUUUAUACACUUAAACGGACUUUAGCUUUGUAGUGUACAGACCCAUAUCGAGGAGUUUGGUCAAAGGAGGAGGGUUACAAUAAAUCAUUGUGUCCCAUUUAAGGCAAAAGUCUAGAUGAAUAACAUGUUGUCUGAGAAGCAGGGGAGCUGUACCCUCUAUCUUAAUAUGGCCCUGGUGUAACAAUGUCGCAUAGUCCCUUUAAGAAUACACAAAUACCAAAUGUUGUAUGUAAUAUAGUGAAAAUGAGGGGAAGGGUUUUUUUGUCCGUGACAAAGUCUGUAAAUAUCUUUUGAUCAUACUGAUCAGAAUUCUUUGGGUCCUUGUUGUUUGUUGUUUGUUUGAUUAUCAAGACAAGUUUGGAACGAUACUCUAACUGCCUUGCCGAGCUGGUGUGAAUUGUGGACAAGAUUUUACCCAUAUUGCAUGUAAUCUUGGGCAUUUUCCAACAACUAUUUGAUGCUUUGUCUCUUCACAAUAAGUUCCUGCACUGCGCUCGGUUUGAUCAGUUUUACACACAGCGUGCAAAUUGAUCAGAGACGAACGCAGCACAGGAAUUCUGUGAAAGAGACAAUGGGUGAUAUGAAUAAAGACUAGCAAAUACUUUUAUCUAAAACUCCAUGUACAUUUACACUUGGCAUUUCUGUACAAAAUUGAAGUAAAAGCAUUUGCUAGUCUUUAUUCAUAUCACCCAAUGUGUUGUAAGGUUGCACGAGGAUUUUUGCGGUGCAUAUUGGAGAAUCUUUUGUCCAAUGUUUACACCAGUUCAUGGUGAGGUAGAUAGAAGAUUGUUUUCCAUGCAGUGACAAUAAAGGUGAUGGGACGAAAACCUGAUCAAAUGCAUUUUGCUACUGGAAGGUACUGAUACUGGAUUCACUUCAUAUUUGCGGGGAUGUUGUAUUCCCAUAGUGUGAUUAUCAAAUAUGGUGAAAAUAAAGAAUCAUAAUUACUGUGACCUAAUGAAGAACACUAUCAUAAAAUUAUCAUAAUGAAGAGUACUUGUGGACAAGACAUUUGACCAUCAUGCAUCAUGUAGAUUCAUUUAUUGGUAUAUAACCUGGCCUAGGCCCUUUUCAAAAAGUUGUAUAACAAAUUGAUGGGUCGGGAAUACAAAUCAAUCAACACAGCUCAGUUGUAGGCCUAUGCUGCUACAUUUCAAGACAUCACAAGUGUGAUGGUUCAAUCGUGAAUUCAAUUGUCGGUGAUAAACAUCGUGAAUAGAUAUCAGGAAGGAAUUCCACUGCAGCAGAAAAGCACUUCAUUGCAGGCAAAUUCGAUUUUCUCUUAAUUAUGCCAAGUUAGUCAUAAUUCAUUAUUGUCCCCAUAUUUGAUCACUGCACUAUGGAAUACACAAUCCCUGCAAAUGUGAAGUGAAUUGGAUUUUUAGAAGCAAGUAUGCAUUUGAUCUGAUUUUCCUGCCAUCAUUAUUUAACCCUCAAACCAGUUGUCAGGAAGUAUUACAUAAUAGGGGCAACAUACAUGAUUUGGUGUGCACUUCCAGUGCAAAACUGAGCAGCAACUGCAAACUAAAGCCCGCAGCACACUAGCCGCCAACUUCGGCGUUCACUGGCGUUUUUUGCCGCAAGAGUCCUGAACGCCUGAAAAAUCCCUAGUCUGCUACGAACGGCGUCGGCGAACGUAACUUGCCGCCACUUGCCGCAACUAAACGCCAAAUAUCUAACAUGUUUGAUUUUUGACGCGUGUCGCCGCAUUUGAACACAAGAAGAAGCCAGGUGUGCUACGGACGGCCGCCUGACUUGGCGUCGGUGGUCAGGCUAUGGCCAAUCAGAUUGCGUCUUGAUAUCACAUGAUUUGAAAAUGGCAGCCUAAAGUGCCGGAAAAGACGCUACUGGACGCCGAUUCUGGGCAGGUGUGCUCUGACCGGGAUCCACUGGCCGCCAACUUUGGCGUCGAGAGGCAUCAGCUGAACGCUUCUUGUCGCCAAAGUUGGCGGCUAGUGUGCUGCGGGUUUAAGGGAUCAUCUCAAAAUUGCUUGAGAUAAGCUUGAAAUUGUUCUUGUGAUGAAAAAUGCCAUGAACCACCUCCUACCCAAAAGGCUAACAACAGAUAUCCGUCUGGCAUCAAAAACCUUUUCAGGGAUGAUGCCACAAGUGUGACAAAGAACUUUUGACAUAGAAAUGGCUGACUCCCUCCCUCCCCUGUUGAAAAUAUCUCUUUUAGUGGUAUCAAGCAAUUUUGAGAUGAUCGCCAAGUUCCCUGGCCUCUCUGUUUCGUCUAGAGUAGUUAUCAUUACAUGUAUUGUGUAUUUUCUUGCCUUUGUUAUUGUGAUUAUAGAAACCAGUAUUGAAGUGGACGUUGAAAAUAGUUUAGCCAACCUCAAAUAUGCUACAUCUCGGGAAAGCAUGUCCUACUAGAUUCCUUAAAGGCCAGUUCUCUGCUCUUUCAAAUAUUUGAAAAUUUACCUAUGGAUGAGAGUGAUUUUCUUACUGAACUAUCUGCAAAUACACCUCCUCUGUCCUUUAAGGGAGAAAAAACACCAUGUAUAGUCGAUUCCACAAGGAAAUAGCAGUCUGCUCUUUGACGAUUUUGCACAGAAAAUGCAACAUUUGAACAAAAUAAUAUAUUUCAUCUGCAAUCGCAAUGUCCAAAGUAUCUAAAAACACUUACUUUUCCAGUUUCGGCCAAAGCAUUAUCAUAAGCGAGCCAUUUGAAACAAAAUACUGACAACUUUCUCCAACCAUUUUGUCAGCUUUUUUGUCUUGAGUGCCAUUUUUUGUGGAAUGGGGUAUAGUCUUUUUUUCACCAAAUAUUCUGAGAUGGUCCCUACUAUUGCACUGAUGCUGGGAGCAAUGUCACACAAUCGGCCUGCAAUGGUCACUUGACUUGGUAAAGAUGUUGUGCACCUCAACAGUGAACUUUCAUAAAAUAAACUGAAUAAAAUGAUGAAAA